CUCAAAGUGGAAUGCCUGGUACUGGCUAAAGACCUGCUUCACUGCUGUGGGCUUUGGGCUGUCUUGUUUCACCAGAUGUGCUGUUACCAGAUGCAUGUUAUCUAUCUGCUUUUUUUGGUUUUCUGGAUGGAAAAAUUUCCAGCUCUUUUUUUGCUCCUGAAAAAUCAUUACCCACUUGUGCUGGCUGUCCUUCCUGUAUGGAAGAGCUUCCAACCAUCUUGGUUUUGCUCAAAGCAGCUCCCUGCAACCAAACACAACUCACUCUCAUCCAGAUCUUAUUUUACCAUCAUAGCUUUCAAAAAACAAGAAAAAAGGGCAAUCUGUUUGUGCAGACUUUAACAGCAGGAGAAUUUGGCCCAAGACAUGAACUGUGGGUGGGUGCUACAGCAAAAUGAAGCCAAAACACAGCAAAAAAAGCUAAAUAGUGUAGGUAGCCCUCAUUUCAGAAUUCAUUUAUGUAUGAAGACAGACAGGACCAGUGGGUCAGAGGAAGUGGUCCGGAUGCUUAGUUCAGUAUGUGAUACGUUUAUGAGCAUGUCUCUGUGCAUCUAUGACCUAUAUUUGGAUAUACAGUCUAUAAAAAGCCUUGGUACAAACAACCUCCUGCAGGAGUCAGAUCCCCUGUCCUUGUUGUUGCUGCCUGCUUCGGGAGAAAGAAUCAAGCCCACUCCAGCUUUCAUUUCUUCUCUUCGUGCUUUUCAGGAAGAUGGCUAAAGCCAGCAUUUCCCUGCGCUCCCUGAACGAGACGUUAAACAGAGUAGAAACCAAGCUGCAAACCUUGGAGACUCUCUUCACAGACCUGGACUCAAGCUUGCAGACACUGGCGCAGAAGUUUGAUCUGCAGGCCAAGAUGAUGGAGAAGGAGCUGAGCCAGGAUGCCCUGUGGAUACCAGAGGGGAGGCCCGGCUCGGAGGAGGAGCGAACGGCAGCGCGGCGGGAGAGGCCUGGCAGCGCGGGACGGGGCGGAGCGGGCGGCGGGUUGGUGGACAGCGCUGCGGCGGCGGCCAUUGCAGGAAGCUGCGGCCCUGUCUGCCGCCGCGCCCCCGCCGCGGAGCCGCAGCUUGGUGGGUGCUGACUCCUUGCCGUGACCGCUCAGGGACCGGGGUGUGCGGAGGAUGAGAGGCGGCCGCCGGCGGGGAGCCCAGCCUCGUCCUUAGCUGUGCAGCGUUGUUCCUGUGCGCCGGGCCGCGGCUGUGGUACGCGGGGCUGCUCUGCCGCCCUGCCUCCGUCGCUGGGUGUCCAGGGCCUUCGCCAAGCGUCCAGUGUUCUGCGUACUAAUCGAGCUGAGCCCAGAGCAGGUACUGAUGUUGUACUAGUCUUGUUCCUCUACUUCAAGCCAGUAUGUCGAAGAAAUCAGGGUCUCUCCUUUCCUUGUCUGACUGCCUCUGCCCAAUCUGCAUGGAGAUCUUUGUAGAGCCCGUGACACUGCCAUGCAACCAUACCCUCUGUAACUCCUGUUUCCAGCUCACAGUUGAAAAAGCCAGUCUUUGUUGCCCUUUUUGCCGGCGUCGAGUCUCUUCUUGGGCCCGAUAUAAUGCCCGCAGAAAUACUCUUGUCAAUUGGGAGCUCUGGGAAAAGAUCCAGAAGCAUUACCCGAAGGAGUGUGAGCGUAGGAUUAAUGGACAGGAUUUGGAAGAGGAAAUCUGUGUCCCCCAUCCGCAGCACCAGCUGAGCAAGCCUGGGGAACUGAGGCAGGAAUAUGAAGCAGAGAUUAGCAAGGUGGAGGCAGAAAGGCGAGCACAUGAGCAAGAGGAGAACAAAGCAAGUGAGGAAUACAUUCAGCGCCUUCUGGCAGAGGAGGAGGAGGAACAGAGAUUGGCAGAAGAGAGGCGAAGGGAGAUGGAGAAACAGCUGAAGCAAGAUGAAGAGUUGGCCUGGCGGCUGAGUAGCAGUCUGAAUGAUGAUUCCAAAGGACAUGGGCUCAGCAGUCCUGCACAAGCAGGCAGUGUCUCACUUGAAACGUCCCCAGCUAAUUUGUGCAAAACAAAGAGCAAACCAAGCAACUCUGAAGACAUUCAGAAGUACCUGUCUCCAAAGCUUCAUCAUACAUUGGGAUCAGCAUCAUUCUUUAGAACAAGAGAGAGAGGCAGCAGUGGCUCUGGCUCUGCGGAGACCAAUGGCAAUGAAGGCAGCAGUUCAGCAUGGCAAGAUGAGCAAGAGGAAAUGCCAACGUUGUCUCCACAGCUGACCGGUGUCAAUAAAGAUUCCAGUGCUAUGGAUUCAUUUUUGGAAUCGUGCAUGAACUAUUUCAGUACCUCGGCUUCGGGGGAAACUGCUGCUGUCAAGCAGGAAGAAACACCAGGAACAAAUUGUGUAGGAGAAGAAAUUCCAGAUGCGUUGCAUGGAAUCACAGAAAGGGAAGGCUCUGGAACAGUUCUUAGAUCUAAAGGAGAAAGUGAUGGAGGUGACUCAGACAGUGGCAGUUUAACACACGUAGAAAGCAUAAACCUUAAAAAUGCUGCUGGAGCUCAUACCUGUAUUCAGUUAGCAGCAAAUUCUGUGGUGUCUGACAGCACAAGUGUGGUAUGUGACCUUAUGAAGGUGGCUAGACACUCAGAUGAAGAGAAGCCAGAGAGCCUGCAGAACACUAAGAAGACUCCAAAAAGAAAGUUGUUGGAGCCACCAGCUGAACAAGUGGUUGACUUUUGUGUGCUUGAUAAGAGAAGAAGAACUUUUCCAGAAAGUCUGGAGGAGCAAGAGAAGCAGAUAAAUGAUUUUAACUUGCAAAUGCAGAAAGCCUUUGAGCAGGAGAUCUAUGAAAGACGUAUGCAAGAGGAGCAGGACAGGCUUCUGGCUCUGCAGCUGCAAAAACAGAUUAACAAGGAGGAAAGGACACUUAAUCGACAAAAGGGCUCUCCAGAUCAGUAUCUGCUUCGCACCAAACCACCUCAGUUGAUGAAAGACUCUCCUGCUAGAAAGGGAAGUUCUAAGGUGGCAAAAGACUCAAAGGUAUCAAAAAAACAGGCUGAAACAAAUCACCGCAAAACUCGCAGAGGUUCUUGCAAUGAAAAUUGGCAGUCACCUGCCAGAGCCCGGAUGAAGUCACCCAGCAUCAAGGGAGGAAAGGUGUUGAAUUGUGUGGUUAAUACCAAUGAUGCAAAUGAUAUUUGUUCACUACCUAAGAAUAAACAAAAGACGAUCCUUCAGAUGUUUAAAAGCCCUGUAGCAGAGUAGAUCAGCAGAACCACAGGCACGUUGUGGAAUGAGAAUUAAAGCUGUGGUAAUGCUUUCUCCUGUGUUGGGCAAGGCUUCCUGUGAACAGUUGUAAAAUUGUUGGUUUGGGGGGGGGAUCACUUUAGGCCACAGAGAGUUCUGUAUUUUGAGGAGUUUUAAUAAUUUACGCCUCCAGUCUUUAAAAAAAUGUAAUUGUUCUUUUCUUGACUGCAGCUUAUUUUCUAGCAGUUACAUUUACAUAAUUUUGAAUGUGAAUAUUGUUAGUGUUUAAAAACAAAAAUAACUGAUGGUCUGAUCUUAAAAUGAGAGUUUGGAGCCUUUUGUGGAAAGGACGCAUGUUCCACAGAGGUUAAGCUAAAGCUAAAAAAUGAGUCUGUAUUUCCAGUUGUCUGCCAGCUGCAAGGUUGAAGCUUCAGUCAAUACAACCACUGGUCUGUUUAAUUGAAGCAUGUUACUGGAAUUUAGGCUAUUUGUUGAAUGGCAUUGUUCACACAACAGGUAACAAGAGUACACCUGGACAGCCAGUCUUGCAGGUACAGUUUUCAUACACUUUCUUAGAGAAAGUUCUCAUUCCUCUUUCUUAGGGAAAGAGGAAAAAAAACAGGUCACUCCCCCACUGCCAAAGCCAAGGAUUUUUCAUAAAUGCCAACAGUAUAAGUGGUUAUGGGCUUAUAUUUGCCUCUGUUUCUAGAGGUCACUUACGCAAAUCUGGCACUUACUGUCAUUAGGAAAAGAUACUUUUGUUGUCUUACUGCUAGUGUUCUGCAGCUUUAUUCUUGUACAGUAGUAUUACCUAUAUUUAGUGCUAUUUAAUUUUUAUACUCAAACUGUUUUGAGUUUGAUUAAAAAUGCAUAAUAUUACAAAAAUGUAGUUCAGAAGACAGUUAUGAUGGAGAAAGUUAAACCAAAAGGGGGAGCAGCAGCUGAAGUUGUCAGAAAUGACAUAACUGUAAUUAAAGAGUCACAUAACUACCAUGCCUGGCUGGAACGCAAUUCAAAUGAAUUACCGCUUAGAGUUGUGGGGAAGCUGAGGCAUGGAGGAGGUUGAGGCUGGUGAAGAGCUUGACCAGCUGCUACUCAGCAGAAGUAUUCUUGCUCGAUUGUUUUAUCUGUUGCUAUUAUAAAGACAUCGUUUGAACUUUCUUUGCUUGUAAUGAGAUACUUUUCCCCUUUCCAUGUUUAAAAGACGGCAAACUACAACUGCAUUGCUGAAGUGUUUGUGCUAGUCACCAAUGUUAGCAAAUGUUUUAAAUGUGUUCUUUUUUUGAACCUCUGUAGAGGUGAUGAUCUUUAACUUGGUUCUGGGAAAUCGGUAACAAAAUCCUUGACAGCAGUAUCUUCUGAUGUUUUAAGUUUUAAAAACCAACAAAUCCUGAAAUCUCAUUGAAAGCACAAAUAGCACAUCAAGCAAAAUUGUGAAUUGUGCUGUUUCUUUGCCUGCGUGUCUCUAGUAAUGGGAGGGUUUCUCAUAAAGGAAUGAUGUGUUCUGAUACGGUUUUUGAGAAAGUUACAACUGGAGACCAGCUGCAAGUCAUUCAGUUUGCCUCUUCCUGCCUCAACUGUUGUGCUGGAAGCCGUAUAGAUCUGUUUCUGUUUAAUCUUUACCUUUGUUCGGGUUGUUUGCUGUCUUACCCAUGUAGUCAAAUACAAUCAUUAAUUAAAAUAUUCUUUAAGGCA